GGUGGGCAUCCUGGUGCUCCAGAGGAAGGAAGCAGCCCUGGGGGGGAUGUGUGGUGCAGGCAGGAGAGGGGCCGUGUGUUCUCUGAGCAUCAAACCCAAGGGGGCAGAUGGGCUCAGGUAACCUGUGGCUGCAGGGAUUUGGGGGUUAAAUCAGUGCAACCAAAAUUGAGGAACAAGAUUAGGGAAUAAGUGAUCCUACUAAAUUCCUCGUGAUCCCAAGCCAUGGCAAAACGGGAUGAGGCAGCAUGAGUCACUCUGGAGAGGAGCAGUGUCUCAGUGGGGAGGCAGCCAGGAGGUCAGAGCCGUGGGCAGAGUGGGGAAGGAGCAGUGAGAGCUGCCCCUGGGAGCUGCAGAGGACUGCUUGCUCACGAUGGACAGCGUCUCUUCUUCCCCUCCACUCUUCUCUGCCAGUUUCCCCACCGACCAGCCUGAGAACACCACUGCCCAUGAUGAGUACUCCAGCCUCCAGAAGAGCAUGCACGUCCUCUCCAUGGUGGUGUACAGCGUCGCCUGUUUGCUGGGGGUGACAGGCAACGGCCUUGUCAUCUGGAUCACAGGCUUCAAGAUGAAGAAGACGGUGAACUCAGUCUGGUUCCUCAACCUGGCCAUUGCGGACUUCAUCUUCACCUUUUUCCUGCCCCUCAGCAUCGCCUACACUGCCCUGGGCUUCCACUGGCCGUUUGGGAAGCUCCUGUGCAAGCUGAACAGCACCAUCGCCUUCCUCAACAUGUUUGCCAGUGUCUUCCUCCUGACAGUCAUCAGCAUGGACCGCUGCGUUUCUGUGGCCUUUCCCGUCUGGUCUCACAACCGCCGGAGCCCGGAGCUGGCGGCCAGGAUCGCGGUGGGGACGUGGGUCCUGGCGCUGCUCCUCAGCUCCCCGUACCUCGUCUUUCGGGACACUGCGCCCAGUUCCAGGAACAGCACCAGCUGCUACAAUAAUUUUGCCCUGUCUGAUGACUACUCGUCCGAGGCAACGCGGAGGCUGUGGAGGAUGAGGCAUAAAGCCAUGAUCAUAACGCGAUUCUUAUGUGGGUUCCUCAUCCCUUUCACGGUGAUCCUUAUCUGCUACAGCAUCGUUGCCGUCAAGCUGAAAAGGCGGCAGUUAGCCAGCUCUGCAAAGCCAUACAGAAUCAUCAUCGCUGUCACAGUCUCAUUCUUCCUCUGUUAUUUCCCCUAUCAUGUCUUCUCCUUGCUGGAAAUAUCCAAAAACUCUUCCAGUCCUGAGAUGAAAAUGGCCCUUUACAUUGGGAUCCCCUUGGUUUCCAGCCUCGCUUUCUUCAACAGCUGCAUCAACCCCAUCCUGUACGUAUUUGUGGGGCCAGAUUUCAAGGAGAAGUUCCGCCAGUCCAUCCUGUCAACCUUUGAAGGGGCCUUCAGUGAGGAGUCGGUCCUGGGCAGCCUCACCAGCCGGAGGAAGUCCAGGUCUGCUUCCGAAGUGGAGAUCCCAAGGGUCUGAGCGGGUGCUGGUGUGGAGGGGACAGUUCUUUCUCUGCACUGUCCCCUCAUUUCAGAGCUGUAACCACAGGACUGGGGGCUGCAAAGGGCUGUGCUGGCUAACGAAGUGUGACCCAGUGUUUUGGGGGUACAUCAAGCAUAUUAUGACUUAGUACACUAUGGAAAGGAAACAACUCUGUGGAGCUGCAGCAGUGUGGGUCGAAGUAGUAGCAUUUUACUCCCUUUGCUGUUUCCCUGGGGGAGACAUCUGGGGACAAAUCCUGUUUGCAUCUCCGCUGGGUUCACCUGCAGCCUGCGGCACAUUUGCACAUGGCAAACCACGGGGGGAUUUUCUUCCUUGCCCUUACCAGACUUUCCUGGCAGCUCAUCUUCACUGGGGCUCCACCAGAUGGGAAAUCAGGUGCAGCUCCAUGUGGCUGCACUGGAGAUGUAUGGCUGCACCAGCAUUUCUUUUGUCCAGAGGAGAAAAGAAGGGAGGGGAAAGCUAUUUCAUAAGUCCCUGGUAAUUAAACUCAUCUUUCCUCAGAUGAGGUAGGAUGAAGUACUGGUUGUGCUCCAGUUACUCAGGUUCAACGGACAGUGGAACUGUUUCUGAGCAAUGCUUGGCUGUGUUCGUGUUUGACAUGUUUCUGGCCCUUAAAUAGCAGAGAUCUGACAUUUUGCACUACUGGUGAAUGAAUACUAAAUCCCAAUAAACUUAAGUAAAACAUA